AUGUUUUUCUUAUUAAUUGCUGUCGUAUCUGCCUCAGUUAAUUAUCCAAUCCCAGGCUAUUAUGGAACAUGAUACAAGGACUUCUUGCCAAACGACACGUCAGCGACUGCAUUUUACUGAAGCUCAGGCUAUCAUAUAGGCUCUGAUAUGAACCUUUGGAUCGCAGACCCCAAAAUGCAUGAAAUCAAGAUGAUAAAAUACACAGAAUUUGGCCCACCUAGAGGGAAAAUUUAUAAAAUUGUAGGAUAUACAGGGAUGCCAGGGAUGAGGGACGGUGAUGUAAGUUCAGCCCUACUAAAUUCACCCAGUUCACUUGUGUAUUUUUCUGAUACUAUGAAUGGAACUGAUGUUUAUAGGGUGUAUAUAGCUGAUACAUAUAAUAAUUGUAUUAGAGAAUUGGAUUUGAUGACUGGAACUAUAUGGGAGUUUGUAGGGAGUUGUAAUGAAGAAGGCUUUAAAGAUGGUCCAUAUGGUACUAAUAGACUUUACCACCCUACUCUAGUAGGUAUAGAUGACGAUUAUUCAAUGUUUAUAUGAGACUCUGGAAAUCGCUAUAUCAGGAUGGUAAAUUUAACCACCAGGUAUAUGGAAACAUUACGAGGAGGUGCAUGCCGCUCUACAGACUAUAUAGACUCUGAAUAUCAAAAUAUGCCUGACCCAAGCUACGACAUCAGCUAUUCAAUAUUUAUGAAAAUGGACUUAAAGAUUUACGAAAUGAUCUGCAUGAAAUCAAUGGUUUUGACUUCAGGUGAGCCAUCUGCCGAGCUUUACGACCCAAAUAACAUCACUACACCCUGCUUCAAGCAAGACAUUUUAUGUGGAGACCGCGAUCAUCCAUUAGUAGGUCAAACAAACAUCUAG